UUCCCUUGGGGAUCAUCUCCGCCAGGCACUCCCGGAAAGAGGGGCCACUCCUCAGCCGGUCGGGCCGGAUCUGUGUCUGGAAGCAGCCUCCCCGGGAGGCCUGGGACCCCAGGGCAGGCCCAGGUCUGCCGGCACGUGGGGCUUCCACACCCCGGCUGUGCUAGCGGUCUGCGCCUCUUUUUCUUUCCAGGCUGCAGCUACUGCUGCUUGGUGGGGGAAGGGGCAGUGACAGUCCUGGUGCCAAGGCUCAGAGUGGGGGGCCUGGAGAAGGCGUGCGGUCCCUCCCAGGAUCGGACUGUCCAGAAAUGUCCUCUGCCCUGCCCCGCCCUGGCCCAGACCAAAAUACCGGGCCUGGCCGCUUCCCUCUCAGCCACAGGCAGGGGGUGGACGCUGCCUGCUCUGGAAGGCCAGCUCGGGUCCAGUGCCUGGGUCGGCCAGAAAGAGGGGUGGCGGGAUCCUGACCAUCCACGUUGAGCCAGACCUGUGACCUGUCCCUGCCCUUCUAGCGGAGGCUCCUUGGGCGGGAACUUCCGUCCGCCGGCCUUACAGACGAGACAUCCCCACCAGCCAGGAUGGGCGAGUUCGGCGAGAAGACCACGACAUGUGGCACCAUCUGCCUCAAGUACCUGCUCUUCACCUUUAACUGCUGCUUCUGGCUGGCUGGUCUGGCCGUCAUGGCCGUGGGCAUCUGGACACUGGCCCUCAAGAGCGACUACAUCAGCCUGCUGGCCUCGGGCACCUACCUGGCCACAGCCUACAUCCUGGUGGUGGCGGGCGUUGUCGUCAUGGUGACUGGGGUUCUGGGCUGCUGCGCCACCUUCAAGGAGCGGAGGGACCUGCUGCGUCUGUACUUCAUCCUGCUCCUUCUCAUCUUUCUGCUGGAGAUCAUUGCGGGAGUCCUGGCCUACGUCUACUAUCAGCAGCUGAACGCAGAGCUCAAGGAGAACCUGAAGGACACCAUGACCAAGCGGUACCGUCAGCUGGGCCACGAGGGCGUGACCAGCGCUGUUGACAAGCUGCAGCAGGAGUUCCACUGCUGUGGCAGCAACAACUCGCAGGACUGGCGGGACAGCGAGUGGAUCCGCUCGGGCGAGGCAGGCGGCCGCGUGGUCCCUGACAGCUGCUGCAAGACAGUGGUGGCCGGCUGCGGGCAGCGCGACCACGCCUCCAACAUCUACAAGGUGGAGGGCGGCUGCAUCACCAAGCUGGAGACCUUCAUCCAGGAGCACCUGAGGAUCAUCGGGGCCGUGGGCCUCGGCAUCGCCUGCGUGCAGGUGUUUGGCAUGAUCUUCACGUGCUGCCUGUACAAGAGCCUGAAGCUGGAGCACUACUGACCCUGCCCGCGGGCCGGCCCUCCGUGUGUGCUGCAGCUUCUUGCCGUGCGUUGACUACUGACGGCCAGGGAGCUGCGGUCCAGGACAUGGCUAUGUCCCUUGCCUGCCAGGGUCUCCCCCUGGUGUUCUCGUGCCUGGGCCCCCCCCCGCCACACCGUGCCAUCACCGUGACCUCUGGGGACCCCCAAACCCCGGAGGCAGCUUCAAGUGCCUUUAGCUGCACACCAAAGUCCCAAGGCCUGGGGUCGGCUCCGCCUGUCUGCCUGUCUGCUGGGCUGGGUGGGUGGGGGCCAGGGUCGUGGCCUCCGGUUGCUCCCUGAGGCCUGGGUUCAGUCAGAGGGGCCGAGCUGGGCAGAAAUGGGCUGGCCCAGCGGGGAGUCGGGCGCCCCCGUGUGCCUGCCCUCAGGCCCCUCAGGUACUGGGGGCUUCUCCUUAGCAAGCCACCUCCAGCCCCCGGGGAGAACCGAGCAGGAGUCCUCCGGGGCCAAGCCUCUGCUGCUCCCCUGCCGUGUUCCCGCGCUCUCACCACCAUCUAAAGGCCUUGUGUCGCUAGCUCACUGUCGUCACCUCUUCCCUGGAGGCAGGCGUCCUGCGGAUUUUAUUCACUGCUGCCUGAGGGUGCCUAGGACUGCUCCUGCUGUGUGGGAGGUGCUCAAUAAACGUCUGUGGAACG